UCAUUAUUGUUAUACGAAGAUUAAGAUAAUCCUUCAUUUGUCCUUGUACUCGUUUUCCCUUGUUCGGCGUUUGUACAUUGAUUACAUUUAAGGUGAAUGAAUUCAUUUGCUAUCGAGGCAACUCGAUUCAAGGAUUUUAAGCUUUGAUUUGUUGAAGAAUUUUGGUAUUGGUCUGAAUCGGGAAAGAAACUAAACACGAAGGGAGCUUCCUUUUUCUUUUUCAGUUGCCAAAAGGGAAGAAGCUUGGUCCUUUGCCUAUUAAUAUUCUUACGAAUUCCGUUUGCAGGCAACCCAUUUCUCCGUUUUCGUGUUUUAGAGCAUUCGAAUCAAUCGAACAUGGCGAUGUUGUUUUGUGAAUAUGCAUUGUCGUUGCUGUUGUUGUUGCUGCUGCUGCUCGUUCCUUUCUCCUAUUCCUUCACUCUUGGACAGCAACAGCGAUUUUCGGCCAUACGUUUGCCUUCCGAGGUCGAUCCAUGCACCAGUUCCCCUCGGCCUAAUUUCUGCCCUGCUAACUGCUUCAUGGCAGACCCUGUUUGCGGUGACAACGGUGUUACGUACUGGUGCGGGUGUGCCGAUGCUUAUUGCGCGGGGACUAAAGUUGCCAGGAUAGGAUUUUGCGAGUCAGGUAACAAAGGUGGAAAUGGAUCUCUUACUGUGCAAGCACUGCUUUUGGUGCACAUAGUUUGGCUCAUCGUUCUGGGUUUUACUGUUUUGUUGGGCCUUAUAUGAAUAUUUGGUUUUUUUUCACCCUCAACAAAGAACAAUGAGGGCUCUUUUUAAUUUGAACUUUUAGUGGUAAUUCAUACAGAAGCAUAUAUGUAAGCAUUGAUUUAAGUGAGCAAGCAUUAGGCUUUUCAUUUUCCUGACAUUUUGCCCAGUUUAUUUAUUUUUCCUAUUGCAUUUGAAUCUCUGAAGAAAUG